UAUGACAUCAUUCGGAUAUAUUAUAGGAAGAUCCGAUUGAUGGAUAUGAGAACCCCGCUUCUAUAUGAGGUCAGCAGAUUACUCUUCCUUGGCAAUGAGGCGCUGCUGAGGUAUCACUCCGGCUAUCCUCACUCGUGGAAUGGGAGAAGGGUAUUCGCCCAUUGUCUAUAUAGAAUAGCUAGAUGCUGGCUCCUCAUCAAAGAAGCCAGUGAUUUGUUUCUUUUUCUCCUACUGAAAUAUAUACAAGAGUUACUGCAUGCCUCAUACAAUCUUCUUAGUAUACUAAGUACCAUAUCUGUGAUAUCCUCGCAAUAACCCUGUAGCCUAUGAGCUCACUAUUCAAGCAAGAUAGUCAAGCCCACUCAUACAGCUCCCCAAACAACUACCCCUACAUGACGCCGCCGACUAGCCACCGCUUCGGUUCCGCCACAUUACAAUUCGAAUCGCUGGAAUCAGGUCGAGCUCUAACAGACCGAUAUGGCCCCACGCACCCGCGCUGGGACCGACCCGACACCACCCUCUGGGGGAAACACUACACCAUUCCCUAGAGUGUGUACACCUCUACCCCAGCAGAAAUCUGAGAUUCCUGAACUCACUGCGCAUUUUGGCAUGGGCUCUCCAACCGCCCUGCCACCGCCGCGGCCCCUACACACCUACAUCUAUCAUGAAGAUAGAGAGAUUAAGGUCAGAGAUUCACUGAGAUACAAGAGAAACAUCUUGUCUGAAUUCCACAGCUUUAUCUGUAUUCUUGAACAGAAAUUCCAUCUUAAUCUGAGUCAGUAUAAUACUCAUGAGAUAUAAGUAAUAUAUACUGCUAACCUUCUUGAAGACAUCUCUGUGACUACUUGAGUCAUCAAGAAGAGAAAGCUUGAGUAUAUUAAUACUAUUAUAACUUAAGAAGAAUUCAAGAACUUUCUACUGAA